CGUGGGGUCCGGGCUCUGGGACAGCGGCCGGCGCGGCCGAGGGCGGGCCGGGCGGAGAGAGCGCGGCGGCUAGCGGCCCGGUGCCCGAGGCCCGAGGCCCAGCGCAGGCUCCUUGAGCGCUCUGCGGUGUCAGACGUGUGAGCGUCCGGUGGAAGGAGGGGACCGUGGGCCCCACCCCGGAGGAAGCGUUGGGAGGAGAAGAGGCACACGCAGAAGGCUGGAGGGGUGUAUUGACAGGAGCCCUGAAGGAUGCUCAGCUCAUUUGGAUUCUUAUCCAGCGAUGUCGGAGCUCAGUGAUGAAGCCAGUGAGCCGGAACUCCUGAACCGCAGCUUGUCCAUGUGGCACGGGCUGGGUGCGCAGGUCAGCCGGGAGGAGCUGGCCGUCCCCUUGGAUCUUCACACCGCUGCUUCCAUCGGCCAGUAUGAAGUGGUGAAGGAAUGUGUGCAGCGGUAAGGGAUCCUGGGAAGUGUUCCUUGUCCUCCAUUGAGUACCAGCUCAGUGGCUCCAGACGCCAUGGAGAAAGAUCGAGAGAGUUAGAUUUGAAUAAGAAGAACGGUGGUGGCUGGACCCCGCUGAUGUAUGCCUCCUACAUUGGACACGAUACCAUCGUGCACCUGCUGCUCGAGGCGGGGGUGAGUGUGAAUGUGCCGACCCCGGAAGGGCAGACUCCACUGAUGCUGGCUUCCAGCUGUGGCAACGAGAGCAUCGCCUACUUUCUCCUCCAGCAAGGUGCUGAGCUAGAAAUGAAGGACAUUCAGGGCUGGACUGCCCUCUUCCACUGCACCAGCGCUGGGCACCAACAGAUGGUCAAGUUCCUCUUGGACAGUGGAGCGAAUGCCAACGUGAGGGAGCCAAUAUGUGGAUUUACUCCUUUGAUGGAAGCAGCAGCCGCUGGCCAUGAGAUAAUCGUGCAGUAUUUUCUGAAUCAUGGAGUCCAGGUGGAUACGAGAGACCAUAGUGGAGCCACAGCCCGGAUGCUGGCCAAGCAGUAUGGACACAUGAAGAUUGUGGGGUUGAUAGACGCUCACUCGCCUUCUCUGCCCAAGAGUCUCUAUCGGAGCCCAGAAAAGUACGAAGAUCUCAGUUCUUCGGACGAAUCCUUCCCUGUUCCUCAGCGACAGAGGCCCUGUCGGAAGAAGGGCCUGAGCAUCCACGAGGGGCCGCGAGCCCUGGCCAGGAUCACAGCUAUCGGCCUGGGGGGCACGGCCCGGCGGCCUGGCUACGAGCAGGUGCCUCCCCGGGGCUAUGUCACCUUCAACAGCAGUGAAGAGAACCCCCUGGAAGAGGGGGGCCUCUGCUACAGGGAUGUCACCUCCCCCAUCAACGACCGGGAUGUGGAGAGCAGCAGCAGCAGCAGCCGGGAAGAGCAUGCCUUCUGUGCCCACCUCGGGGCCGUGCGCAGCAGCAGCAGCAGCGAGGGUCUGGCGAGGGCCCCGGGAGUGAGCAGCGAGGCCUCUCUGGAGAGCAACGAGGACUCGGACCAUGUGCGGAAAAGCUCGGUUCGCAAGCAAACUAAAAGCUACGUGAAGGCCAAGAAUCGGCACAGCAACAGUGACAGCCAGUGGCAUCCCAGCCCUGCAGCUGCCUGUUCCCCAGGAUCUGUGCCCCAGGCGGAGCAGCCCCCCUACUCAGGACCCCAGGACCUCGCCACGCUGCUGGAGCAGAUCGGGUGUCUGAAGUACCUGCAGGUGUUCGAGGAGCAGGACGUGGACCUCCGCAUCUUUCUCACCCUCACCGAGAGCGACCUGAAGGAAAUCGGCAUCACGUUGUUUGGGCCCAAGAGGAAGAUGACCUCUGCCAUUGCCCGCUGGCACAGCAGUGCCCGCCCCCCUAGUGACGCCCUGGAGCUGGCCUAUGCUGACCGGCUUGAAGCCGAGAUGCAAGAGCUCGCCAUCCAGCUGCACAAAAGCUGUGAGGAGGUGGAGGCCAUGCGGGGCCAGGUGUCGCAGGAGCAGGAGCUGCGGGCCGUGGUGGAGAGCUGCCUCCUGGAGCAGGACAGCACCCGCAAGGACGUCCGCGCCCAGCUGCAGGAGACCUGGGCCCUCGCCCACGAUGCUGCCCUCGUACUGGACCAGCUGCGAGCCUGUCAAGCUGAACUGUCAGCCCGAGUGAGGCAGGAUGAGUCCCCCCGCAGGGCGACCCUGGGCCCAGCCCUCCCCACAGCGGACUCCAAAGGCUGGCAGGCUGCCCUGCAGGCCCUGAGCCUCCCUGAGCUGUCGGGAGCAUUGGAGGAUCGAGUCUGUGAGAUGGGGCGAGUGCUGUGCUCCGUGACCCAGAGCCUGGAGAAGCUACAAGUGCUGAACGGGAAAGAGAACUGGCGGGAGCCGUAGCCGCAGGGACGUCUUCCUUUCCCUCCUCAGAACCUGACGUCGGGUGAUUGAUCCACCCUGAACCUGUGCACCCGGAAGACAGAGGGCCUGAGCGGGCGGCUGCAGCAGCCCAGGCCCCAGCUGGGGCCCGAGAAGCAGGCCCGGGAGCAGCCAGCAGAGAGGCAGGUUGGGGCUGUGGUCGGCACCAGGCAGCGAGGCCCCACGGAGGCAGGCUGAGGGUCUCGUGCUCAGCACCUGGUGGUAAGGCCCAGAGCAGGCAUGGCCUUGAGAGAGAGCGUGUCCCCGACACCGCAGGUGCCACACUGAGGUUUGCCCUGAGGGGUGAGGACUGGGGCAUCUGGGCAGCUUAUGUCAUUUGCUGGAGAAUAAAAUUUGAGAUCAGCUGGU